UCUUAUUUCAUAGUCGAUACAUACAAAUACAAACAUUAAAAUACUUUAAAAUACUAAUUUAGAAGUAAAAAAACGUCAGUUUACAGUGAUUUUUCUAUAAUUCCUCAAUUUAGUCCAAUUUGAUAAAGUGCGUUGAACUCCAGUCAUAUUUUGUACAACAGACAUCACUUUCAAUUUGUUUAAAUAUCAAACGAUUGUGUACACAGCAUAUCGAAAAUGCUGCUAUUAUUCCUACUAAUCUCAUCAGCGGUAGCCGACCAAUGUUCACAUGUGUUCGACAAUACAAAAUACUCAAAAUCAACAAUAUUAACAAUGAAAGGUUUACCAACAAAUUUAGUCUACGACCCCCUCAGCAAAGAUCUUCUUUUCACGUUAAUAGAUCUAGAGACGCUACAAAACGAUGAAAUACAGACAAAAAUGGAUCAAUACAUAUUACGAGGUGGUCAGCCAAUCCUAAUUGACAAUGUAAAUGGCCAAGCGGCUGCUGUGGAUGUAAGAAAUAAUCGAGUUUACAUUGCUAGCGAUGAUGGCCUUCAUAUACUGAAUGGUACAGAUCGAGCCAAUUUUAUAGGCAUGAAAGACGAAGAUAUAGUACAGCUGUUCAAACCUAGAAACUCUGAUAACUUAUACGCAGUAUUGUUCCCUGAUAAUGAAGUUUAUAGAAUCGACGAGAACACUGAGAAACAUCGCGUUGAAAACGUGCCCUGUGCGUUUAUAAUGGCUGUAGAUUCAGAGGAAAAUAUAUUUUACGAAUGUGAUUCCAAAUUCAUUAAAGUGUUAUUAAAAGACUUUCAAGAAUCUGUUGAAUUUGUUGGUAUUCCCAAAAAUGCAGCUAGAGCAAUAGCAGUUGAUGAUAAUGGCAGAGUUAUUUUAGCAGCAAAUGACGGCCUGUACUGGUUGAAACCUGAUAAUAUCAUUCCUAAGAAAUUAAUGAAUUUAGAUUAUGUUCCGGCUGGUGUAGCAUUUAAUGGUAAUAAUAUGUAUGUAUCUACUACAGGAGUUAUUUACGAAUAUGAAAUGUGCCAAUAAUUAAACGAAUUUAGCAGAAAA